UUUAUAUACUAUAUCUAUUGCCGCUGUCAGUUGUGUGUUUCUUGAAGGCAGAGAGAGAGAUACCAGUCAUGCCUUCGUUUUAUUUCAUCCCAAGGAUUUUACGUCGUCGUGUAUUUUCGUCACAAUACGGCUGAUAUCACGUCGCGUAAGUUUAAAUCAUUAAUGAUCACUAAGGCGUUACGCUGUUGAAAGUCGAUAAUAACAGACGUAACGACAACACGAGUCGCGUGUUGACAGUGCCGGAGGGAGUCUUAGAGGCAAACAAUGGAUCAAUACCGAUACGUUGCAGAAGAGUAUAAUCUACGAACAGGAACCCAAAGAAUCGUCGAUCUUUUAUCCGUCUAAUCAGUCUUUUAAACUAAAUCCUGUCUUUCCGUCUUAUAUUUGACAGGACUCAUAAACUGUUUAAAAAGGUAAAAUUUCUUCGCACGCGUUUGAUUUAUCCUAAGAAAUAAUGGAUAAGUCGGAUAAUAAUUUGUCGAAGAGUUUGAAGAAAAAAAGUUCGAGAUCGGGGGGUGGAUCGGCGACAGCAGCGGAUGUAGCAACUCAGUGCGUCCAGGUUGUAGUAAGAUGCAGGCCAAUGGACGAGAAGGAAACUGCACGAGGCUAUAUUCGUGUAGUCGACGUCAUACCGUCGAGAGGAGUGGUAGAAAUACGUCAUCCUCGAGACGAUCCAUCAACGGACAAUGUCAAGGUUUUCACCUUCGAUGCUGUUUACGAUUGGCAUUCGACCCAACAAGAACUUUACGAAGAAACCGUGAGACCUUUGGUCUCCUCGGUAUUGGAUGGUUUCAAUGGUACCAUUUUUGCUUAUGGUCAAACUGGUACAGGUAAAACUUAUACGAUGGAAGGCUCGAAAAUGGAACACGAAAGACGUGGUAUCAUUCCAAGAUCAUUCGAGCAUAUAUUUAAUCACAUAGGAAGAUCAGAAAACAUGCAAUAUCUCGUGAGAGCGAGUUACUUAGAAAUUUAUCAAGAAGAGAUACGUGAUCUUCUUCAUCGUGAUCAGAGUCUUCGAUUCGAACUUAAAGAAAAACCAGAGUCUGGUGUAUUCGUGAAGGAUUUAUCAACAGCCGUUUGUAAAAGCGCUGCGGAAAUUCAACGUUUAAUGAACGAAGGUAAUCAAAAUAGGACGAUCGGUGCUACGAACAUGAAUGAGCAUAGUUCUCGUUCACACGCAAUAUUUUUGAUCACUAUUGAGAUGGGAUCCAUUGGUGAUAAUGGCGGUAUUAGAGUAGGUCGUUUGAAUCUAGUCGAUCUCGCUGGUAGCGAGAGACAAAGUAAAACCGGCGCGUCCGGUGAAAGACUGAAGGAAGCGAGUAAAAUUAAUUUAAGCCUUUCUGCUCUCGGUAACGUUAUAUCGGCAUUGGUUGAUGGUAAAACUACUCACGUACCUUACAGAGAUUCAAAACUUACAAGAUUAUUGCAAGAUUCUUUGGGAGGUAAUUCGAAAACUAUUAUGGUUGCUAAUAUUGGGCCUGCCAGUUAUAAUUAUGAUGAAACGCUAACGACAUUGCGUUAUGCUAAUCGUGCUAAGAAUAUUAAGAACAAGCCACGAAUAAAUGAAGAUCCUAAGGAUGCACUUUUGAGACAAUAUCAAGAAGAAAUAGGUCGUUUAAAAGAGAAAUUAGCUCAGAAAAGUAUGGUACAACGUAAGAAGAGGAAAACGAAGAAAAAGAGAGAAGACGAUCUUGCUGUAGAUUCAGAAUCAGAUGCGGAGGAUAGUAAAGAAGAGGAUAACAAUAACAAGACCAUCGAAACAGAUAAGAAAUUAAUAGCCGAGCAACUUAAGGCUGAGAAACAAGAGACUGAGAACCUUGUAAUGAGAAUAAAAGAUUUAGAAAGCAAGAUGCUGUGUGGUGGGAAGAAUAUCAUUGAUCAUACGAAUGAACAGCAAAGAGCAUUGGAGCAGAAGGCUGCGGAGAUUGCCGAGCGUAAAAAACGCGAAGUUGAAAUGCAACAAAAAUUAGAAGACGAGGAAGUAACUAUGGUUGGUGUACGAGAAACAUACACUACUUUGCAACAGGAAGUAGAUGUUAAAUCUAAAAAGUUAAGAAGAUGUUUUACUAAGUUGCAAGUAUUAAAGCAAGAAUUAGAUGACGUUACCAAUGACUUUAACAGAGAUAGACGUGACUUGGAACAAACGCAGCAUGAAUUAAUGAAGGAGCUUAAAUUAAAAUAUCUGAUAAUCGAAAACUUUAUUCCUGAGGAAGAGAAAAGCAAGAUAUUAUCUAGGAUACAUUAUGACGAGGAAGAAGACUGUUGGAAUUUGAAUAAUCCGGAAGCAUCGAAUAUAGAAACGAUAGAACGUCCUACGUCAAUUCCUGGUGCACGUAGACCAAUUUCCGAAUAUGCUCGAAUUGCUUUAGCAAUGGGACGUGGGUGUCGUUAUGCUGGAGAAAAUAUUUUGAAUUUAGAUCUGGAUAUGCCAGUUAGAACAACUUCGGAUUAUCACGGACCAGUUAUUGCACCAACAAUCCAAGCUGUGCUUGAAGAGGCUCUUCGAGAUGAGGGAGACAUCGAUGUUGAUGCUUCAAAUGCUAAAUUACGUUCCAAACCACGAUUACAAUCGGCAAGGAUUAGGCCAAGAAGCGUUCCAAAGAUGCAACAAAUUCCGACUCCAGUUUAUCCGAAGACCAGAGGACUCGUACCGAAAUAGUCGUAGUUUUUUUUAGUUCGUGUUCUUUCAUGUUCUUGUCUUUAUCUCUCUCUCUCUCUUCUUGCUCUUUAUUGUGUAAAGAAAAGUGUAAAUAUGUGAUGAAACUGUUGCUGUUGCACGUCACCUGUGCUGCUUCUAUUUAAUUAUUCGCGAUAAGCUCGUCUAGCCUAAUCUUGCUCCUUUUUUUUCUUAUUGGAAAAGAAAAAAAGAAAAUAAAAGGGAAGGCACGAACGAACGAUCCCCGGAAUCUUUGGAACCUAGUCAUUGUGCAAUUAUUAAAUAGUAGUUAGCAGGUAUAUUGAUAUUUCAAUAAAUUACUAUUUGCUGUAACAAUAAAGCACGAGAAGAAUAUCGUCAUUUUUGCUCGCGUACUUUUUUUUUUGCUUAAGUGGCACAUCUAAUUUUUUUUUAAAUUAUUAUUAUUAUUAUUAUUAUUAUUAUUAUUAUUAUUAUUAAUAAUAUUAUUCUAGAUCAUGAAAACAGAAUUUCGAUGUUUACUUAUAUACAAACGAAAAUGGUAAGAGUAAAAAUACUACGGAAAUAAAUGAAUUAACUUUGA